AUGAACGAGCACCUGCGGAAGGACGAGGAGGCCAUCAAGGUCAAGUACUGCGCCAAAUGCAAGAACCACGGGCGGAAGGAGGAGAUGAAGGGCCACAAGAGGGAGUGUGCAAGAAGGCACUGCUCUUGCGAUAAGUGCCAAGGGACGGAGAAGAAGAGGGCCAAGACCAGGAUACAAGUCCAGCUCCGGAGGAUCAAGCUCCUCAACAUGGAAAAAGCCGCUAAAGUAUCCCAUGAAAUGAAGGCACGGAGGUUCAGAUGGGCAGGACAUGUAGCUCGUAGCAAUCCAUCUGGAAGCCUCAACAUAACAAUGAAUAAUAAUAAAGAAAAAGAAAUGUAG